ACAACGAAAUCAUGGCCGAAGGAACGUACGAAUAUGAGUGUAUGCGGGCGGAACUGCUCGGGUUGGCCCAUCCCAGUCGGGAGGAGUUCGAGGAGAAGCAGAAGCUCAGACAGGAGACAGAGGUGGAGGAGCAACUCACCGAACAGUUAAAGGAGGUUGACUUGCAGGAAGAGUCCGUACAGGGCACUUCCGGGAAGAUGGACGAGCUGAACAGCAUCCUGACAGCGACCCAGCAAAAAAUUAACAAGUUUAAAGUGGCCUGCGGUAGCUUGACCAGCCUGCUAAAGCUUCGCCCAUCGACACCGAGCAACGAACCGGCCGGUGGAUCCGAGGGUAAAUCCAUCAAUGACGCGCUCGAUACACUCGACACGAUGAAGGAUCUGAACGAUGCGUCUGAUGCGACGGUCACCAAGGCGGCAGCAAAAGAUCUCGGCACGAAGGUAACGUCCCAGCUGGACAAGCUUGAUUCGUUGCUGUACAAGGCCGAUAAUGCCACCUAUUCGAUGAAGCAUCAGACGGAUCAGAUGAAGAAGAUUGCCAAGUAA